AUGUACUUAGACCACUUGUUUUAUGGAUACUUUUCAAUGACGGACCUGAAAACAACAGCAUUUUGGUUAAAGGUGUCCACCACCUUUUCUAUAUUUGCUCUAUUUGGACUAGUUUUGUUGAUCCCAGUGCUGUUAAGUUUAAUAGCUAGUAUAGAACAAGAAUUUGACCUCGAGAAAGCUGAAAUUAAAUUGCUUUCAAAAACGAUUUUAAAGGAGGUAUACCGAGAAAAGAGGCUGAACGAUAAGUACCAUGAUGUACUGAAAAGAGCAGCUUUAAAAGGAGAAAUGAAAAAGGCAUUGGGUUCAGUCGGCAGCUGUCCACCUGGACCAAAGGGACCGCAGGGAGAUCCUGGACCAGAUGGCGAAGAUGGCGUAGACGGUCCUCCCGGAGAGCCUGGAGCAGAUGCAGGAGGGUAUCAAAUCGCAUCACAGCCAUGUCUUCCUUGUCCUCCAGGGCCAAAGGGACCAUCUGGAUAUAGAGGGCCCAGAGGUCGUCGAGGUCCAGUUGGCAAAAAAGGCCCGACAGGCCCACCUGGUAUUGACGGUGAACCUGGUGAGGCUGGGCCAGAAGGUGACCAAGGACUUCCAGGGCCAGAGGGACCAGCAGGGGAAGACGGGCCACCGGGCAGAAGCGGAAUUCGGUAUAAGCGCAGACGGGGACAAAAGGGUCCUCGAGGACCUCCAGGUCCACAGGGUGACCAAGGUCCACCGGGCAAACGUGGGGAUGAAGGAGUUCGCGGACAAACUGGUGAACCGGGUCCCAUCGGUCCAAGAGGAGAACCUGGUAAAGACGGCAAACCUGGCCUUGCAGGAAAACCUGGAGUAUUCAGUCCCGCAGACAGAUAUUGCCCGUGUCCUGAUCAGAUAAAAGAAUUAUCAGUGAUGCCAAAUGUGCCUACUGACGGUGUUUACACUAAAAACACUGUGUCGCCAAGUUCAGUGACAACAUCGGAAGAAGCAUCGAUGUAUAAAAACUAUAAAAGUGAACAGGCAUCUGUAAGUGAAGAGGGUACUAGCUCAGAUCAGGAAACGAUGUACAGCUUUGAAGAGAAUGAAAGUGAUGCUGAAGAUCGAAGUCGAGCACGACGAGGAAAAAAAGCUUUAAGUUUUCGCAAGAAACACUAA